AUGUCUGCCAAUCCGGUCUCCGCAGCCCAAGCAAUUGGAGAAUACCUUCAGUCUCCGGAUGAUCUUGCGAAAGUAGCGUCUUUCCGUAAAAAGCUCGAGAAGGAGAAGGCAUCCAUCGACUCCAGGCUCAAGAAUGGGGUCAAGGAGCAGUUGACGGCGACGCGAGAGGGCCUCCGGAAGCUCAUAAACACGCGCGGGAAUGUCCAAUCCAUUAAGGAGGAAAUGAUUCAGAUGGACAAGGAGUGCAGCGAUCCCCACAAUAAGGUCUUAACUUUCGACCAGAUCAGUAGGGUUUCGAUGGUCCAUAGAAAUUUCCAGCAGACAGAAGAAAUGGUCAACAACCUCAUCGACAUGAACUCUAAGCUUGACGUCCUGGAGGACUUGUUAACUGAAGACAGUUCAGAUAUACUGGGUCCAGCCCCGAACCUUCUAUACAUACAUCACCAACUUACCCAGCUUGAGGCAUUCCGGAACCAAACGAUGCACUUGUCGAAAAAGGCGAAGCCAAGUUCUCGAAGUACACUACUUCAAUACUUUGAACGGUUGAACACAUUCGUCGAGGCGUUCGAUGAGUAUAUCAUUGGCUUGGCGAGGAAUAUUCUACAUCUCGUUAGAGCAGGCCACCCAGAGGUCAUCGUGAAGUUGAUCAAGAUCGCUGAGGUCGAAGGCAGGGAAGACGAAAAGGCCAUCGCUAUUCGCCUAGUCAAGAAGGCUGCCAAAAUGGAUGCAGCCUCGAAAUUCAGGUCCAUGCAGGCCAAUGCUCGGGUUAUAAAGCACUACCGCUCGAAAAUCACCAAAGCCAUUACCGAAUCCAUCAAGGCCAAGUUUGAAGAUGCUUAUCUAGAAUCAGAGGGUAAUCCCGCUGCCUUCCUCGACGGAUUAGGCUGGUUAUACCAGGACAUCAUACGUGUGGAGUCCGACGUGGUUCCCUGUUUCCCUCCCGAGUAUGAUAUCUAUUCCCUCUUCAUUCGCGAGUACCACAAGGCUCUGGACGGUACUAUCAAGAAGCUAGUGCAGGCAGGACCCGAGGCAGGCGUACUCUUAACACUCCACGCCUGGCUCAAGGAGUACAAGAAGAAUAUGAAGGAACUCGAAAUCCCUCCCGAGCUUCUGGAACCCCCUCUAUUCGACGGGAAAGAGCAAUCCUUGAUCGAAGACUAUCUCAACUUGAUAGUGAAGAAGCUAGACGAAUGGUCUGCCAACCUAAUGAAGACGGAGAUUAACGACUUUGUCACGCGUGCCGAACCUCCAGAGCUCGACGCAGACAACCUCUACGGCACACAGGGCGCCAUCAUUUUGUUCCAAAUGGUCAACCAGCAGAUUGACCUCGCUACGGAGAGUGGCCAAGGCGCGAUCCUUGCCAGCGUGGUGGGCGAGACCAACCGCGUGAUGCGCGGUAUACAGGACCAGUGGGUCAAGACCGUGGAGGCGGAAUUCAAGAAGCAGGUGGAGAAACCCGAGGAAGUCUCUGGCGGAUUGGUUGAAUACCUCAUUGCGCUCGCCAAUGAUCAGUUCAAGUCCGCCGACAACGCGGAGAUCUUGCUGAGCCGACUUGAGCCAUUGGUCUCUGAGAAAUACCGCGUUCAAAUCACCGAGAAACUCAACGACGCUAUUGAAGGUUAUUUGGACGUGACGAACAAGUGCACACAAACAUUGGUGGACAUGAUAUUCAACGAUUUGAAGCCCGCCACGAAACAACUCUUCCAACCCACAUGGUACGAUGGAUCACUGAUGAAUCAAAUAGUCGAGACUAUGCGCGAUUACAUGUCUGACUAUCAAUCCUAUCUACACCCAUCCCUAGUCGAAACCACUGUGGACGAGCUCAUCCAGGCGUUCCUUCUCACCUACUUCAACGCUCUCGCUAACUCCCCGAAACUGAAGAUUCCCGCGGCGACGGAGCGCAUAAAGGAAGAUAUCGCAGCUGUCUUCUCGUUUUUCAGUACUCUUCGACCUGCUAAAGACCUGGAGAAGGAUUUCGAAGUAGUUGAGAUGGUACUGGGAAUGCUGGAGGCCAGCAAGGACAUGGUAUUCCUGUCCUUCUGGUCCUUCGCCAAGGUCCAUGGCCCCAAUAUCGCGUUCGUCGAAGGUUUGAUGAAGUCGAGGAGUGAUUUGGAUCGGUCAGCAGUAGGCGAGGUCAUGGACAGCGUGAAGCGCAAAGUGAAAGACGAAGGACUAACAGACCCUACGGAACCAACAAUUAUGAAGCGUGUUGCAGUGCAAGGCGCGUUUUCACGCUUCUUGAGGAGCGCUACAUGA